CACAAUACUCUUUUUUUUAAAUAAUAGUUAAAAAUGCAAAAGAAAGAGAAAAGUCUUUGGAGGCUUAAAAAGGAGCCUAGCUAGUAAAAUUUCUAAAUCAGAAGGAACAAAUUCAUUCAAUCUGAACAACCAAAUCCAAAGAUCAUGUGAUUCUUUUUGGUUUAUACUAUUUGGGAUUCCAUUGACCUUUCUUAGAUUUGGCCUUCCUUGGGUUCAUUCACACUUGCAAGAUAAACAAGACUCUUCGGAAGUUCCGCCUCAUCUGGGCUAUUUCUCAACCUUGUAAUCUCUGUCUUGCUUUAUUCUAGGAAAAUAUGGCACACCUUCAAAGUUGCAACUGGGAUCGAACUAUCCUGCUUGGAAUUUGACACUACCUGUUAACAUUACCCUACUCCUAACAGAAAGUCCUGAUGAAUAAACAAGCAAGACACAGAUUACAAGUGGGCAUAAAAUAAUCAUAUUCAACAAAAUGGUAUGUCAAUAAAAGAUAAGAUAAUGAUAGACAUGCUAUGUCAUUUACAAGGGAAUGAACGUAAACCACAAUAAUUGGGAUUGCAUGCAUCAUUUAACAGCUUCAAUUACUUCUGAUCCAUCUUGGAUUAAACAAUUUCCUGUCCAUCAGGGAUUCCUUCAUAUUGUUCACUUUAUCCCUACCUAUACUAGAAUGUAUGCCCAGAAUCAGAAUAAGCACAUAAAAUCUACUUUCCAGAGAGGUUUAAGAGAUUAGUGGAAGUCUCCAACAUGCGACUCAAAAAAGCUGCACAUAUCACUUGACUGGCAUCCCCAUUAAAAAACAAGAAGUAUUUAGGAUAGCAUGUACCAGUUUCUUCUUGAGCAUAAUUAACUAAUGCUAAGGAA